CACACCCUCUUACAGGUGCUCACACUUUUCAAGGACGCCCGAGCCACAGAGGAGGAGGACCCUCACUGUAUUCUCAACGAUUCGUUGGAAAAUCUCAGGACUCUCAAACCACGUUUAGUUUUUGCCAUCAAAUCAAGAGCCAGCAUGUCAAUGGGCCUGGAGAUCGUGGGCAUUGCCCUUGGAGUCAUUGGUUUCAUCAUUGCAAUCGUUGCCUGCGCCCUGCCAAUGUGGAGGGUGACGGCUUUCAUCGGAGCCAACAUCGUAACUGCUCAAACCAUCAUGGAGGGCUUGUGGAUGAACUGUGUCAACCAGAGCACUGGCCAGAUGCAGUGCAAGGUCUACGACUCGCUGCUGGCCCUGACUCCGGACCUGCAGGCCUCGCGAGCAAUGAUGAUCAUCGCCAUCAUACUCGGGGUGCUUGGGGUCAUGAUCUCCAUUGUCGGCGCCAAGUGCACCAACUGCAUCGAGGACGAGCCGUCCAAGGCCAAAGUGAUGAUCAUCGCUGGAAUCUUCUUUUUACUCUCCGGCCUUUUGGUUCUCAUCCCUUGCUCCUGGACGGCCAGCGUUGUCAUUCGGGAUUUCUACAACCCCCUGCUGACCAGCGCGCAGAAGAGGGAGAUCGGGGCGUCGCUCUACAUCGGCUGGGGAGCAGCCGCCCUGCUCCUGAUUGGUGGGGCGAUGCUGUGCAGCAGCUGCCCGCCGAAGGAGAAGAAGUACAAGGCGCCCCGGAUGGCCUACACCGCCCCGCGCACCGCCAGUGCUGGUGGAGGUUACGACAGGAAAGACUAUGUUUGAACAGAAGGGUUUGAGGGAAAGAGCAGGAUGUUUGUCGCCCAGAAGGGGUUUUUGUGUGUCAGUGUUGUGUUUGGCUGUAGGGAAACAACAGGGUGAUCCCUACUUAAAAGACUCCAAAAUGAAGAAGUGUGUACAACUAUAGAUUUUUUUUUUCUGCUUCGCCUUCGGCUGAUGUGUUCAUUCACAGAACUAAGGUUUAGCCCUGCUAUUAUGCAGCAAGUGUGUCUUGUUAUAAAGUUUAAUCUGUUAAGAGAUCAUUUAGUUUUCUUAGAACUUGCUGUAUUUAUGCUUCACCUUGUGUGACAUUAUAUGAAUCCAAAACAUCUACAUCUUGUGAGUGUGUGUCACCACAUCAUUAGCAGCCAGCCUGCUGGUGUCGUGUUUCACUGAUACCUUCAGUUAAAAUGCUCUGUGUCGCUGACAAUGGCAAGAAAGGGUUGCUCUCAUUUUACAUGGAUUUGAUUGUGUGAUUGUUCAGUGUGUGUGUGUGUGUGUGUGUGUGUGUGUGUGUGUGUGUGUGUGUGUGUGUGUGUGUGUGUGUGUGUGUGUGUGUUUUGCAUGUAAUAUUUGCUUAGGAGAGUUUCUACCGAGACAGAAACUAAAGAUGGAUCCAUGAUAGGCUCCAGGUUACACCUUUUUCCCCCAUCCCACAGUUUCACUGUUUAGGGAAAAGGAACGACCUUUUCUGUUGCGUCACAAAUACUUUGUGUCUAUAUAUAUGCAAGUUUAUUUUGUAUUUCUAAUAAUGUGAUGUAUUGGAAUAUAAUAUUGUUGUUUUUUUCUUUGUAAUAUACGUUUUUUUUAAUAUCAUAAGCAACAGCCUUUAUGAUCCGCUUUCAAACAAAGAGCCAAAGGUCCUCUUUCUCUGUGUGUGUGCGUGUGUGUGUGUGUGUGUGUGUGUGUGUGUCUGGGUGUGUGAAACCAGCCUGAGGCAAUAUGACUACAGGUUUGUUUGUUUUGUUUCCUCAUCUAAAGGAUGUGUUUAUUGGUUGAUAUUUUUCAGAUAAUUCCAAAUAAUUUCCACCUCUCUUGUGUUCAGUUUAACAGUUGUUUGUACCUUAGUGUCCAAACAUUGUAAAGGUGUGGAUCGCUUGGUUGAAUGUUUUGUAGUAGUUCUUGAAUUUCCAACGUGUUGAAUAUUUCAAUUAAAGUCAAACUAAGAAUCAUAUAAGGAGUUUCCAUUCGUCCUCUUUGAUCAAGAAAGAUAGAUUCUGUUUUUUUUAAGUGCUAGAAUAAUUUACAGUCUACAUCAAAUAAUUAAAAAAGCUGAAUUCAGGUUUGGGUUUUAGGUGUUUUGUUCAGCCAGCCUUAGAAGUGACUUCAAUUCAUCUCUAAUUUUAGCUAGAGAUGAAUAAUGCCUGGGUGUGGUCAGUACAGUUGGCUUUGUGAGGCUACCAUACACCUGUCAGAGAUGUUAGCCUUUGGCUUUUCUAUGGAGAAAAACUGGAAUCAGCUGGCAUAAAGGUAAAACUGGGGGUGGAAAUUAGAAAGAUGGAAAGAAAAGAAAAGGAAGACAGAAGAAAACCUUUUGCAACAAUUGUCCCAAUAGUUUUGACCCAUUGUUUUUAUUGAACUACAAAUCCACAAAUGUCUUUUUACAAAUUUAGUUGUAAAAUUGAAUAAAUAAUAAACAGAAAUGU